CUCGAUAUGACAGAGCGAAUGACAGAGAACGAUGCGAACGGAUUCGUCGACGAGGACAACGAAGAAAGGUUAUAUCUGAAUACUGUGAUCAGUGACGAUCGUGAAAGUUCAGCAUCGCAGAAUGAAGAAUAUAAAGACGAAAGAACAGAGGAGAAAGAAGACGUUUAUAAAACGGAUGACUUUUUUAUUUGGGACGAGGAACAACCGGGAGAACGUGAGUAUGAGGAGGAAGGAUAUGAAGAAGAACAGAGCCUCGAAGAUGAGGAAGCAGAAGAAGGAGAUGCACCAUCUGAAGAUAUUGCGACAAUCUCGACGGCAGAAGAGCCCGAAGAGGAAGUGCAGCGAGAUGUGGUGGGGCCCGAUCACGUGCUCGCUGAGAUACCAGCCGAGAUUUUUGCCAGUCGCGAAGAAAUGGUCAAAAAAUUAAAAGAACUUUUAGCUGAGCAAGCAGAAUUGCGAAGAAAAAACAGACUUCUUGAGACGUGGAUUAUCACACAUAUGAAAAAGAUGCAAGAGAAAGUGACACCCGUGGAUACGACAAAGGAAUCCGAGCAAAUGGAGCAGAUCUACAGACAAACGUUGCACACGUACAAGCAGUACUUGGACGACGUAACGGAGCGGAAGAUACGGAUAGCAGCCGACAUGCAAAGCUACGAAGACCGUGUGCAGGAGACGCGCGACGAAAACGCAGGAGUGUUCGACGAACUCUUGGAUCGUGAGAGGGAAGUGGCGACGGGUCUCAUUUACGCGAAGACCGGACGAAUGCUCACGGAGAAGGCUGUCAACGAGAUAACUCGUCGGCAGCAAUUAUGCGACGUACCAAUUAAAUCUGUCCGACGUGCAUAUACCUACGUUAGUCGCGCGGAGCUCACGUGUGGACUUCUUCAUUGUCAGGUGUCACGACGCGAGAUUCUCGCUCGCAAUCGUUACGAGUACAUCCUCCUGCAGCACCGUCUCGACGAGACAAAACUGCAACUGCGAAAUCUGGAAACACUCGGGGAAGGGAUGACUUCUAUGGAUUACGAGGCGUUACGUAUAGCUCAUGUGAAUUAUAAGGAUAAAUUGGACGAACGUGACAGAGAACUCGAAAAAUGGCGUAACAAGGCUUUAUUAACCGCUUGUUGUUGGCAAAUCGAAAUUAGAAUCGCUGAAAUGGUUAACGGAGUCGCUCACUAUAAGGAGAAGGAGACAUGCCUUGCGGAGGAUAUCGAGUUUGAAGAACGCGAAUUGAACGAGUAUUGCGAGCAGACAACCAGAGUUCGAGAGGAUGUCAAUAAACUCCAUUUAAUUCUGAGAGAUUUACGAUGGGCUCACGACGAGAAGAGGCUCGAAGGCGGUCUGCUGUUGGCUCCACCGGUGCUGCGUGAGACGGAGAGGAAGAUGAAGUUGCUGGACGCCGUGAGGAACGACAUUGAGAUAAUCAAGCGCGAGAUUCACCGGUACGGCCCUGCGAACGGGAGGAAGAAGAAGACGAGCAGCAAGGCAUUGGCAAUGUCGACGAUGACGCAGGAGAAACCAGAUCGUUUCUAA